CCCGCGCACCUGAACUCGCCGCGCCGCCCCGGGCCCCCGCGCCGCGCCCCGCGCCCCGGGCGCCCGGCCGGUGCGCAGCGCUGCCUUGGUGCCCCGGCGGGGCGCGUCCCCCGGGCCGCCUCCCGCUCUCUCGCGGCUCGCGUGGCCGCGCCUUUGUGUGCGGCGGCCGCGGCUCCCGGGCUCCUCUGGCUCCCGGUCGCGGCGCCCCUCCGGCCCAAGUCCCGCGCGCCGCCCCCGGACAACCCCGGCUGGGCGCCCCCGACGGUGGAUCUAGCGGCUUCGAGGAGGCGGGCACCGGUCCCGGCGAGCCCCAGUCCCGGCCCCCGGCCCCGGGCCCGGCUCCGGCAUGGAUGUGAGAUUCUACCCCGCGGCGGCCGGGGACCCCGCCGGCCUGGACUUCGCGCAGUGCCUGGGGUACUACGGCUACAGCAAGUUUGGAAAUAACAAUAACUACAUGAAUAUGGCUGAAGCGAACAACGCUUUCUUUGCAGCCAGCGAGCAGACGUUCCAUACACCAAGCCUCGGAGAUGAGGAGUUUGAAAUACCCCCGAUCACGCCACCUCCAGAGUCGGACCCCGCUCUGGGCAUGCCUGAUGUACUUCUACCUUUUCAAGGCCUCAGCGAUCCGUUGCCUUCCCAGGGAAGUGAAUUCACGCCCCAGUUCCCCCCUCAAAGCCUGGAUCUUCCUUCCAUUACAAUCUCAAGAAAUCUCGUGGAACAAGAUGGCGUGCUUCAUAGCAGUGGGUUGCAUAUGGAUCAGAGCCACACCCAAGUUUCACAAUACCGUCAGGAUCCCUCCCUGAUCAUGAGGUCCAUCAUCCACAUGACGGAUGCUGCUCGCUCUGGGAUCAUGCCUCCUGCCCAGCUCACCACCAUCAACCAGUCUCAGCUCAGCGCCCAGUUGGGGUUGAAUUUGGGAGGUGCCAGUGUGCCCCACACGUCUCCUUCACCUCCAGCGAGCAAAUCGGCGACUCCCUCCCCUUCUAGCUCCAUCAAUGAAGAGGAUGCUGAUGAAUCCAACAGAGCCAUUGGAGAGAAAAGAGCUGCUCCAGAUUCUGGCAAGAAGCCCAAGACUCCAAAGAAAAAGAAAAAGAAAGACCCCAAUGAGCCACAGAAGCCAGUGUCAGCAUAUGCCCUGUUUUUCAGAGACACACAGGCUGCAAUUAAAGGUCAAAACCCUAAUGCAACCUUUGGAGAGGUCUCAAAAAUCGUAGCAUCUAUGUGGGACAGCCUUGGAGAAGAACAAAAGCAGGUCUAUAAAAGGAAAACGGAAGCCGCCAAAAAAGAAUACCUGAAGGCCCUGGCUGCGUAUAGGGCCAGCCUCGUUUCUAAGGCUGCUGCCGAAUCAGCAGAAGCCCAGACCAUUCGUUCUGUUCAGCAGACCCUGGCGUCCACCAAUUUGACCUCCUCCCUCCUUCUCAGCCCUCCGCUGUCUCAGCACGGAACAGUGUCGGCCUCCCCUCAGACUCUCCAACAAUCACUCCCUAGGUCAAUCGCUCCCAAACCCUUAACCAUGAGACUCCCCAUGAACCAGAUCGUCACUUCGGUCACCAUCGCAGCCAACAUGCCAUCGAACAUUGGGGCUCCACUGAUCAGCUCCAUGGUGGGCUCGGCGUCCUCCACCCAAGUGAGCCCUUCAGUGCAGACCCAGCAGCAUCAGAUGCAGCUGCAGCAGCAGCAGCAGCAGCAACAACAACAGAUGCAACAGAUGCAGCAGCAGCAGCUCCAGCAGCACCAGAUGCAUCAGCAGAUCCAGCAGCAGAUGCAGCAGCAGCAUUUUCAGCACCACAUGCAGCAGCACCUGCAGCAGCAGCAGCACCUCCAGCAGCAAAUCAACCAACAGCAGCUGCAGCAGCAGCUGCAGCAGCAUCUCCAGCUGCAGCAGCUGCAGCACAUGCAGCAUCAGUCCCAGCCUUCUCCUCGGCAGCACUCCCCUGUCACCUCCCAGAUUACAUCCCCCAUCCCCGCCAUCGGGAGCCCCCAGCCAGCCUCUCAGCAGCACCAGUCACAGAUACAGUCUCAGACACAGACUCAAGUAUUAUCGCAGGUCAGUAUUUUCUGAAAACGCACGUGGCAGGCGGAUUUGCGCAUCUGGAGGAGAGUGGCGUCCGAGAGUAAACCAUGUGUGGCUGCAACUCGUGAGUCGGUGUUGGUUAUGCAGAAAUGUGUAAAAGAUCACGCGGUCCUCUCAAGUGUCUAUUAGAUAGGCAAUAAGAACUACAGUGUAGCUGAAAAUCAUCUUCUAGCUGACUCUAAACCACUUUGUUUUUAAACAAGAAAAGCUGUGCUCUUUUAUGUGAUGCCUUUUUUUAUUUAUUCAGGCUCUACCUACAAUAUGUGAAUCAAACCGUUUAAUGAAUCCUGGGACAUACUGAUGAUUAUAAUAAACUGGCCUCUCUGAGUCAUAGCAAAUGGCCUUAUUUCUCCCGAAGUGAAGAAACCACACUUCAAGGCGAUUGGAACUUCCGAAGCCCUAAAAAUAAAAAGCACAGUCGUAACUACCUGAAAUACGAAAAUCCAGUUUCAUACAAACAUUUGUAUGACGUCAAUCGUUGAUGGCAUUUUUUUGUCAUGAAAAACAUAAUGUAAAUCACAGACUUUUGCCAAAGCUCUUAUUUUUUUUCCUUAAAUCUCUCCAGAAAAAAAAAAAAAUGCAAGUGAUUAAUUUCAAUUAUUGACUCCUUUUCACUUUUUACCCAUGACUUCUCCAAAUCAAACCACAGUAUAUGUUGUAACAAUAUCUAUGACCACUGUUAGCCCAUUAUAUUCAUUCCAAUUAGAAGAAAAGAAUGUGAAUAUUAUAUUCUGUGUUUUGAGUGACAAGUUUCGAAAAUGAAAAACACUGUAUUUUUAAAAGGGAAAUGCACUUAAAUGGAGACAGUUAUUACAAAAGUUAAGAUUUAAAAAAAAAAAAGAGCAAGAGUUUUUAUUAUGAUGUAAUACCGGUAGAAUAUUUAAAAGGCGCACCGCAUCUGAAUAAUCAAUGUAAAUAUUUUCUUUCAAAGUUGUAAGUUUUCAUAUCAUGUGUUGUAAAGUUUUCAUAAACAAGGCUUUAACGUAAACACUGGUGACAUAAACCAUUCAUUGCUACGUUGCUUAUUGUGUUUUUAUGCUGUUUUAUACUUUUUUAUGAGUUAUGAUAGCAGCAAUUAAGUUGUUUGUAUUUUGCUUAACUAAAACAAAAAUGCUUUUAUCUUGCUAUAGAAUAAACACAUUUCAGUAAAAACUGCAGACUGUAUUUUGAUGCAACAACCAGGCAACUACUGUUCACUUUUCAAAAUAAAAUAUGUCAAAUUUCA